GGGGAGCGUGAGCCAAGGGGAGGGGGCCGCGGGUUUUCAUGUGCCCAGCAUGAGCUCCUACUUCGUCAACCCCCUGUUCUCAAAAUACAAAGGCGGCGAGUCCCUGGAACCGGCCUAUUACGACUGCCGGUUCCCUCAGAGCGUGGGCAGGAGCCAUGCGCUGGUGUACGGGCCCGGCGGCUCGGCGCCCGGCUUCCAGCACGCCUCGCACCACGUCCAAGACUUCUUCCACCACGGCACCUCCGGCAUCUCCAACUCGGGCUACCAGCAGAACCCGUGCUCUCUGAGCUGCCACGGAGACGCCUCCAAAUUCUAUGGCUACGAGGCGCUCCCCAGACAGUCCCUUUAUGGGGCUCAGCAAGAGACGAGCGUGGUGCAAUAUCCCGACUGUAAAUCCUCCGCCAACACUAACAGUAGCGAAGGACAAGGCCACUUAAAUCAGAACUCGUCUCCCAGCCUCAUGUUUCCAUGGAUGAGACCCCACGCUCCUGGGCGGCGCAGUGGACGACAAACUUACAGCCGGUAUCAGACCUUGGAACUAGAGAAGGAGUUUCUCUUUAAUCCUUAUUUGACACGAAAGCGCCGGAUUGAAGUCUCUCACGCCCUGGGACUGACCGAAAGACAAGUGAAGAUCUGGUUCCAGAACCGGAGGAUGAAGUGGAAAAAAGAAAACAACAAGGAUAAACUGCCUGGGGCCCGAGAUGAGGAGAAGGUGGAGGAAGAAGGGAACGAGGAAGAGGAGAAAGAAGAAGAGGAGAAGGAAGAAAAUAAGGACUAGGAAAAAGAACAACCCCCCCCCCAGCAACUCCCUUGAAGUUUCGUUUUAUGGUAGCAGAUAAAUUGAGAAGUUUACGACUGUCAUUUGCUUUUAUAGAGAAUAGAAUGACACUCACAACUCUAACUACCUGUCAGAUACUUGCAGCUCGGCUUUUAUUACCUUUGGACUUCCCCCGCUCUUUAUUUGUUUGGAGGCUGGGGGGGGGCGGGGAGACUGAGACACAGGGAAAAGUUCUGUUCCACUUCACACCGCCCAGCACACACUCACUUGUGCUUGCUUCUGAGCCCUUCCUGAAUUUUAAGGUCUAAGCCUACUCACACAUCCCAGUCCUCUCCACAUCCCCACCUCACUGCUUCUCUGGUAUUUAUUUUAAGGGGGAUCCCCCUGAAGAUGUAGAAGAUGGUUCUUAGGCUUUGCUUGUAUGCUAGGAAUUAGAAUACUGGAUUAACUUUUUUUUUAAUGAAAAAAAGGGGGGGAGAGGAGAAAAAACAGAAGAAAGGGGAAUGAAAGGGAAAAAAUUCUAAAAGAAAUAAAAGAUAGCAAAGAAGUGUCCCCUCCCCCUCUGAGGCUCCUUCCUUGGAAAACCCCCUUGACUUUCUCCAGGAACCUGAGAAUCUAUCCACCUCCUUCCUGAGGAGUAAAUAGGGGCCUGCCAUGGUCUCUAAAAUCCUACCUAUCCAUGUCAUAGUCCCUUGGGCCCAAGCCCUUCUUGCCUUGUUCUUGCUGUUAGAUCUCUGUUCUUUUGGGCCCGGCUUCCUCUGAGCUGUGUUAAGUGUUUGUGCUCAGAAAGCACCAUAAUCAUGAAAAUAAUAUACUGAUAAAAAAAACUUUAAUAUACUACCUAAAGGGAACCUGCAAUAAUCUUGGGAGGGGGGAAGAGAAAGAGAGAAAAAAACCCUAUUACAGGAGGAAAAAAAGAGGAAAAAAAA